CAGCGUAGUGGGUUUCUAAUGAAAUAGGCCUGAAAAGGUCCUGAUUCCUAGAGUAUGCCAAAGAUUUAAGUUGGCAUCACUCAGGGCUUUUGGCAAGUCUGGGUUGCAUACUAUAGGCGAGUGAGAACAUAUUUGGGAGGAAAUGGGAUGGGCACUUCUAAUGUACAGUGCCUUGCGAAAGUAUUCGGCCACCUUGAACUUUGCGACCUUUUGACACAUUUCAGGCUUCAAACAUAAAGAUAUAAAACUGUGUUUUUUUGUGAAGAAUCAACAACAAGUGGGACACAAUCAUGAAGUGGAAUGACAUUUAUUGGAUAUUUCAAACUUUUUUAACAAAUCAAAAACUGAAAAAUUGGGCCCCUGAAACACCCUUGGGAUCACGGCCAGGGUUAAAUGCCUUGCUCAAUGCAGAAGUUUCACCUCGUUGGCUCGGGGAUUCGAAGUAACAACCUUUGGGUUACUGGACUAAUGCUCUAACGGAGAGGCUAUCUGUCCCCAUCUUUAUCCGUUGCAAAUGCAAUAUGUCACGGUAACGUCUCUGUGGUGACGAGAGAAAACAGAACGAAUCUCAUAGAAUUAGAACGAGACAAUUCGUUCUACUUCCAUAGAGUCGGCCCUCAGCCUAACACUUAUCAACUUCCCGCGUGUCUGAAAUACAACAAUGUUUCCAACGUUAGUAAUGCGCUAACUGCUGUCCCCAAUUGUCACAGUUCAUCCUCCAUCUAAUUCAUGCCUAUUAUUCAUGAUUAGACGUUCCUUUUAAUUAAACUUCAAAUGGCUUAAAAGCCAAAAGAUUAUCUUAGAAAAUGACCGACGCACCAGCCAAGCCCCAUACCGUCGUCUGCAGGAAUUGGAGAAAUGCUACAGCAGCGGAACUUCGUGAGAUGUGCCCACAGCAAAAGGCCCGUUAUUUGGCUUAUGAGGAACCACCUAAGGAGGCGCAGGGUGUGAUGGCUGUAGCGCGGCAGAGGGUGUGUGCCAGGCUGACAGAGUGGAAAGACAGACAGGCCAAUGUGAAUGUUGCGCAACAGUCAGAAAGAGCUAACACAAUAAUCGGUCAACUGAAGGCUGCAGAGGCGCGCAACAGGGUUCGCCUUAUGAGGCUGCGUCACCAGAACAUCAGGACCCAAGAUAUAAGUCUGAUGAUCGCCUGUCAGCCCACUGCUCAGAGGGCUGUACGGCUGGAGCUUUUACUGCCACAAGAAGAGACAGGACUCAAUGUUCCGGAUCCUUUUGACAAACUCCAGAGGAAGAGGGUUGAGCAGCUACUGGAUAAGAGCUGGGGAACUCUGGAAAGAAGGUGGUGAUGGGAUGACAAUCGGAGAUUAACAUGCUCUCUUAAUAAAAAAUACCCACACUGAGCCUGCCCAAGCUAAUCAACUUCAUUGUUCUGUCUUGCUUUGUCUCAUACAUCCUCUCUGCAUUUUUUUUAUACAACAAUCUUAGCCCUACUGAUUAACUUUGUAGAUUUUUUACAACUCUGCUUCACAUUUUCACCAGUAGGUGUCAGUAUAAUAAGAGACUGUACCAGGAUCCAUAGGCGCCUGCUUUUUGAUAGCCCUAUGUCACAUCAUCAUAUGAAGACAUUUUAAAAGUACAGUAUCUUUGUGGCACAUGGAUCAUGUAGGCCUAAAUUACACCGAGGAGGAACCAGCUUUUUUUAUAGCAAAUUACCAGUAGGAAACAAAGGACCGAAUAUACUUGUAAAUUGACUUAAUAUAUUUUAGCAGGAAAGAUAUUAUAUUUCAGAUACAUAUCCCAGUCAUAUUUGUAUGUAUUUUUCCCAAGGGAAAUGUUCAAACAAAAAAAUAAAAACGCACACAUACACGUACUACAUAUAUACACACAGCAACAACACAGCCUCCAUAUAAUUCAUUUCAUAAUAAAUUAUAGUAAAUUGACAUUUUAACAUCUGAUAUGUGUUCUCAUAACGCCCAUCUCAGUAUUGUUCGGUUCGGCACUGAUGGAACGUCCAACUGUUUCGUCAUGGGCCCCCUGCCAGUGCAAAUGCAGUAUUUAAUAAAACCGCCCAAUCAUUAAUCUUAUGAUCGUGCUUGCUAAAAUUUCACACUUAAUUUUCGUUAUAUGGUAGAGCUAAAUCAAUCAAAUUUUUGUCAGGAUUUUAAAAAUUAAAUAUCGUUUUCGCCUUCUCACCUCCAUUCGCCUUUUAUUCCUCCCUUCCUUUCUCCCCCACACAUGCAUGCAUUCACACACAUACGCGACCCCCUCCUCCCUUCCAUAAUUUCCCCAUCUCCCUUACCCACUCUCUUCUCUACAACAAACAUGGCCGCUAAAUCUGAUGGUGCACCCGUCUCGUUGCAAAAUGACAUCCUGCCCGAGGGUCUGCCCGGUUCAGAUCAACGUUCGCCUCAGUGCCACCCUGAUAGGAAGCGCUACUCACUCCACGAUUGCAGCUGGACGCUAUGUGCCCUUUUGGUGUUCUUUUCGGACGGGGCCUCAGACCUGUGGCUGGCAGCGGAUUACUACCUCAGCCGGAACUACUGGUGGUUUGCAUUGACACUGGUCUUCGUGAUCGUCCCAUCUGUGGUGGUUCAGGUGCUGAGUUUUAGGUGGUUCGCCUAUGAUUAUUCGGAUAACAACGACAGUAGCACAGCCGCAGCAGCGGUCGCAGCAUCGUGCGCCGAGAGCCAUUUCACCACCAAGGACAGCGAUCAAACGGGCGCUGGCCGCGAUGCUGAGUUCGGGAAAUUGCCUACGACGGGCACUAUGGGAGGAGCCCGGGGUUGCUGCAGAGCCUGUAUGUGGCUCUUUCAAUGCUUCAUCCAUAUAUUUCAGCUAGCACAGGUCUGGAGGUAUGUCCAUGCCCUGUACUUGGGGGUGCAGAGUCGCUGGCGUGGGGACCACGAGAGACGUCACUUCUACUGGCGCAUGAUGUUUGAGAGUGCUGACAUCAGCAUGCUGCGUCUGUUGGAGUCGUUCCUGAAGAGCGCCCCCCAGCUGGUCCUGCAGCUAAGCAUCAUGGUCCAGGCCAGCCAGGUCCUCCCGUUGCAGGGCCUCUCAGCCUCUGCCUCGCUGGUGUCCCUGUCCUGGAUGAUCGCCUCAUACCAGAAGGUUCUAAGGGACUCCCGGGACGAUAAGCUGCCCAUGUCCUACAAGGCCGUCAGUGUGCAAAUCCUGUGGCACCUGUUUACCAUCGGAGCCCGUACGAUGGCCUUCGCCCUGUUUGCCUCCGUAUUCCAGCUCUACUUCGGUAUCUUCAUCGUGGCCCAUUGGUGCAUCAUGACAUUCUGGAUCAUUCAAGGCGAAACAGACUUCUGCAUGUCCAAAUGGGAGGAGGUCAUCUAUAACAUGAUGGUCGGCAUAGUGUAUGUUUUCUGUUGGUUCAGCGUGAGGGAGGGGCGCACACGCUGCCGUAUGCUCAUCUACAGUGUGGUUGUAUUCAUUGAGAAUGUGGCACUCACCACAUUCUGGUAUGUGUACCGUGGCCCACAUACCUCUGACUUCAGUGCCCUGAUCAUAGUGUGUAUGGUGGCCAGUAGCUAUGCUCUGGGCACCUUCUUUAUGUUAGUCUACUACUGCCUGCUGCACCCUGACGGUCCUAUCUCAGGGUGGUUAUGGGGGGUACCAGAGGAGAUAGCAGUGGAGUCCUGCCUUUCCCCAGCUUCCUCUCUUCCUCCAGAUGUAGUAGCGAGCCCCCCCAGGACUCUGCAGAGGACUAAAGGGGGAGACCGUGAGCAGAUGGGAGGGGCUAAUGCAGAUGUGUUUCUGGUACGAACACUUAAAAGAGGAGCCAAGCCAAAUCUCCCACCCCUCAUCCCUAGGACAGAAGGGCCAGUCAUCCGUAUAGACUUGCCAAGGAAGAAGUACCCUGCCUGGGAUGCCCACUUCAUCGACCGCCGUCUGCGCAAAACCAUUCUGGUGCUCGAGGCUGCUGCUCCGGUCACACCAAGGAUCCAGUACCGCUGUCUGGGCUCAGCCACAGAGGUGAUGGAGUAUGAGACCACAGUGUGAACCGCUUAGAGUACAGUUACUCAACUGGCUAUCAUCCAGCCGGCAAAGCCCCACAGUGGCACACAGCUAACUAACUCUCUCUGAGGAUCAGUUCUGCUCUAGUCCCGCUCUGUGCUGUAAAGCAUCAAGAAUACACUGGCUGGGAGAGGGGGAGUGCGUGGAAAGGGUUUCACAUCAAAUGUCUGGGAUAGAAAGACGAUGUCUGAUGUGGCCUAAGUAGGUGACCACGUGAGGUUUGUAUUUUGGUGCCGUGUCAGUAUAAUUUCUCCGGUUAGGGGGAUGGUACAGGGAGAGUUAUGGGCCAAGGGUCAGAGAUCAGUGAAAGUGCAGAGGGACACAGAAAGAGGAGCUGGAUAGCUGUCAAUCAGAGGGAAACCAUCCUCAAUGAACUUGCUCCAAAAUAAUGUCCUCUCAAGCCAAGGCAAAUACCAUCAGAGACAAUACCUAAACAUUUAUGAAUACCUAUGACAAUACCUCUGUUAAUUUAUUAUGAUUAUACACCAUAACAGUAGAUAUGUCACAUGGUUAAUACAUACCCGUCUAAGUGAGCUACUGGAACAGGACAUUUUGACUGCUGUGUGUGAUUUGUCAUAGCUAUUUAUGCAUGUUGAAGUAAUCUCAAAGCCUUAAUAAGUGGUCUAAAAUCCAUAGAACAAUUUCUAAAGAGAAGAGAAAUUGAGAAGAUGUAUUGGGAUGAAUGUUCAAUACACUUUGUUGUCAUACAGUUAGUGUGGUAUUAUGACAACAUUUGUGUAGUAUAAUAAACAUGAGGCUGGAUACUGAAUGUGCAGGAUUGCAGUACCAUGGAUUGCUGUAUUUUGUCUAACUUGUCUGGACUCUGGUUGCCCUGUAGAAAAUAGUUUAGAUAUCUUUCAAUCUUCAUGAUGAUGAUACAGUGUGUGCUUCGUGUGUAUCUAGGUGGUCAUUGCUCCAUAAAGAAAUGUUCUGUCUAACACUAAAAAUGGAGUGCAUUGUAUCAACUUUAAAUCCAGAAGAACAAGACAGAAACCUUGUGGCUAAGAAGUGGAAACAAGGUUGAAACUGGGAGCAUUUGUAUAUGAGGUGUAUGCGUGCGCGUGUUCGUGCACAUUUGUAUGUUGUACAUUGGGGUUCAUAUGAUAUUGUGUUGUAGAAAGAUUAAGCUUUAGUUCUUAAAUGCUGUCCAGGUAACUCAAUUAUCCCGCUAGCACUAAGAUGAAUACAUUAUCUCCACACAGAACCAUCAACACAGCCACAGAACUAUGAAGCCACGGCUCCACGUUGGUGCUACCUGUUGAGUCUGUUUAUAAACACCACAACUUACCUUAUACAGUGGACUGGAUUCAUCCAUCAAACCAUUCUGGUUUGGGUGGGCUGUACCUCAAAUACACAUACCAGAAUGAAAGCCUUAAACUGGUCAAGCCAGACCUGUUGCUGGUGACUGCAGAAAAAAAGAACAGAGACUUUCAUUAUGUUGUUGUUUGGAAAAUAAAAGAGCAAUGUGUUUACCUUC